AUGCAGGGCUUACUGGAAGGCGUGAGUCUUUCUGCGAAUCACUCCACAUUGGAGUUUAACCUUCGAUGCUCGGAGUUCAUGCCAGACUUUUCUAGGGUCGGAAUGAUGGAUGAAGAUAUCCCAAAUGUGCCAGGAAGUGGGCCUUCACCACCUCGCAGCUUCUUCAGGUCCCAAAUCCGAGGUCCAUGUGCACUGAUCAAGGGACUUUUGGACAGAGACCAAGAAAUCGCGAUGGCAUUCAUCAAAGCUCUUACGGUUCAGCAUCAGAAGCGUUCGUUGGAAAAGAGGAAGCUCCGAAAAAAGAUUAACCGAAUGUUACGUAUAGUCACCGUAAUAUCAAGGGAACUUCACAACCUCAACUCUCAUCUCGGGGAUUGGAUCGAACUUGGAAUCUCCGAAUUCGCUCGCAUCCCGGAUUGUAUGAUGCCGAUCAUCUAUCUUGCUGGCCAAGGAGUCCAAGUGUUUUGUACGUCGAGAAGGGUUUCUUAA